GCUGGGCAGCGGCGAUUGCAGUGGCAGUGGAUGAUCAUGAAGGUGUUGACAAUCUUGCUGAUCACGGUGGCAGCGGCGGCAGCAGCCGACACUUAUGUUUCUACUUGGGACAACAUAGAUCUAGAUGGCAUUCUCUCCAACGAUCGACUAUUAAAGGCCUACGUCGAUUGUUUAGUAGGACGCGGGAAAUGCACUCCGGACGCGGCGGCGUUAAAACGUAUACUACCCGAAGCCAUACAGACUCACUGUGCUAAGUGUACGGAGAAACAAAAGAAAGGUGGAAUUAAAGCAAUCAAAUUCAUGAUGGAGAAGAAACCUGAACUAUGGAAGGAAAUUGGUGCUAAAUAUGACCCAACUGGGGAACAUACUAAGAAUUUGAGAAAUUGAAUUUGUUAUUAAUUUGUUUUGGAUAAAAUCUUUACAUUGAACUUA